ACCGUCUUCCUAUCGACAAGGGCAAAGACAUUUAAACCACAUCGAAUGCUUUAUUUUCCUAUUGUGAAGGAGCAAAAUGGAGCCCCUGUGUGAUUUUGUCGGCAUGGAGAGAGCCAAUCCUGUUGAGGAGGACUGUUGCAAAACCCCCAAAGUAAAACCAAAAAACCUGAAGGUUUUCUUUAGCUUGAGCAACACCGACCUUAUAAGCGACGUGUAUUACACUACUGGACCUAACGAAGAGCCAGAAGAACCGACUUGGGGAAAAAUGGCAGACCUUCGGGAACAAGACUGCUACAUUGAAGGGCCCAAAAGACCCAAGGUGAAAGCAGUUCUCUAUAACCCCUUUGAGGAUUAUGAAUGUAUGAGAGAAUUCAUGGACUCUCCUCUGAGCUUCAGGGAUGAUAAUGAAGACGUGACAACUAAGACUCCAGAGUAUAUCUGGAAGUUUGGAGAUAAUAGUCAAAAAUACUACCACUCGUUAGAGCUAGACAGGCCUAAGAAGCAAGGAGUUCUGUUUAACCCAUACGAGCACGAUGAUCGUGGACGAGCGAAGCGAUUCAUGAAUCUGCAGCCCAAGAACGUCAAGCAGAACUUCUCAAUUAUUGCAGGGAGAAACGACUUCCCAAAAUACCUCUACUGCAGACCAAAGCAACAGGAAGUUGGGUUUGAGCAGAGAGACAACUUUGACAGAAGACAAUAUGUGGACAAACAAGCUAUUUCUCCUGGCGAAACUGAAUGGGAGUUUAAGGUGAAGCAGCUCAGCGAGCAGAAGUCUCCAUCAGAGCAUGAGAAAUUCAUCAAGCAGCUGCAACAAAAUGUCAAACAGCUGUGCACGGAAAAAGAAGAGAGAGUGAGAAUUAUUGCUCAUCUCCAAUUUGAAAUUGAGAAGAUUAACAGCAAACUUCAUGUCCAGGUUUCUGACAACCUAAAGAAACAGGAGAAGAUUGAGCAACUUCAAGAAGAGCUUAAAAAUGUCCAAAAGUGUCUUAAGGAGCAGAACGUCAUAUACAAAGCCCAUAACGAUGCACUCAGAAAGGAUCUCUCUGAGCUGAAGACCAAACUCAGAAGAACGGAAGAGCGUCAAGUUAAAGCAGAGCAGACCUCCCAGAGCUUGGAGCAGAAACUCCUGAGAGAGAAGGAGUCGUCCAGCGCGCUCAUGGAGCAGAAUUUGAGAACGGCCGGCGACCAUCGCGUUGAGCUUCAAGCCGCGGUUCAAAAUCUACGAGACCAGGAGGCCAAACACAAGGAAGGCAAAAAGCUCCUGCAGAUUGAGAUCCGCGAGCUGAAGAGCAAACUUUGCAAAAGUGAAGAACUGAAGGCUAAAGUGGAACUCGGAGUCCAGGGCAUCAAGGACGAGCUGCAGAAGCAGAAAGAGGCGUCCGCCAAGCUGCUGGUGCAGCGCUCUGAGGAGGUCGCGACCCUGCGGCGGGACCUUCACAUUACACUCCACCAUCUAGACCAACAGGAGGCCAAACACAAGGAGGACAAAAGGGCUUUGCAGAGCGAAAUCCAAGAGCUGAAAGUCAGAGUGAGUAAAAGCGAAGACGUCAAGGCGACAACGGAGCUCGCCUUGCAGAAGCUCAGGAAGGAGCUCCAGAGAGUCAAAGAGUCGUUUGCUGAGAAAAUGAGACAACAUAACGCAAAGAUGAGCAACAGGAGGGAUGCUCAGCAGAACUGUAAAAGAGAGGAGACAGAGGAAGAAAACAACAGCAGCCAUCAGCUGCUGGUGAUGGAGCAGAAAGCGAAAUUUAAUGCGGUGAAAAGAAAUAAAAAAAAGAGAAGGAAAAGUGUUCUCUAAAUGAAUGAAGUCAUAGCUUCCAUGGGCUUUUCUCCGGGUACUCCGGUUUCCAUAUACCAAAGAAAACAACUGA